AAGCAAAGGAAGAGGGAAAAAGAAGAAACUAAGCCAAAUGUGAAAGAAAGCAGCAAUUAAAAAGCUAUGUCCCUCUAAAAUAGUCGAUUACCUCUCCAAGAAGGAAAGCAUUAGAAGCAAAAUUCACAUUAACAAACAUGGACUUAACUGAUUUAGUCAAGAAAAGAACACAAGAAUGGAAAUCAUAUAAACGACAAAGGGGAGAGUGCUCUUCCUUCUCUUGUGACUCUAUCAAGUACAGUAUAAUCAAUUAGCUGAGACCAAAUUGCCAGUUGAAGAUUUCUUUUCCUCAUCUUAAGAAACACAAUGCAAGGUCUUCUUCGAAUGGUUAGAUCAUGUCAUGAGAAGCUCAAGGUUACAAUUCUACAGAACUCGCAGCUCAAAAGCACAAGCGAGAUGAACAAAAUAUUCGCAAGAUUUGGACGUGUCAUCUCCUUCCCCACGAUGCAAAACAAGGAAGCCAAUGCCAUAAUGGUAUCACAGUCCACAAUGCAGCAAAAAGGGUUAGAGAAUACAAAAGUAUCUGAUGUAUUACUGACAAAGGAUGGAGAAGAAAGUGGUUCAUGGCUUUGUUGUCGGACAAAUGACACAGCUUAUGAUGCUAUCAAACAAAUGGCAGACAAUAACAUCGGAUCAUUGGUGGUUCUAAAGCCAGGAGAGAAUCAACUGAUAGCUGGAAUUAUAACAGAAAGAGACUAUCUGCGGAAGGUAAUUGUGCAGGAUAGAUCAUCUAAAUACACAAGAGUGGGAGAUAUUAUGACUGAGCAGAGCAAGCUCAUAACAGUCACAUCCGACACAAACAUUCUUCAAGCGAUGCAACUCAUGAGUGAACAUCACAUACGACAUGUUCCAGUGAUAGACGGAAAGGUGGUAGGCAUGAUUUCUGUUGCAGAUAUUGUCAAAGCUGUGGUGGAGCAACAAACUGGAGAGGUGAACCAACUGAAUCAAUUUAUUCGAGGGGAUUACUACUGAAAACAUAUUUAGCAAAGCUACUGAUAUCAAAGUUGCUUGUUGAUACCAAACCACUACUGGCAUUUUCUGCACAAGUUUAAAAAAAACAUUAACAUAAUUUACUUUCUUCCUCUUCUAUCAUAUAAAUAAUUAAAUUUGUAAGACUUAAACUUGAUUUGGAGGGGUGCGCCAGGCCCGUGCAGUAGUGCAACGCAUGGGCGACACGUGAGAACCCAUGUAGCAAGCUACCUUAAUGGACUCUCCCCCUUAAAGAAUUGAGUUAAUAUCAUGUGGGCCGAUGGCCCACAUAUCAGAUAUUAAACUGAUAAGAACAGAUACUACACUUGA